CCCGAGGAAGGCAGUCGCCAAAUUCACCGAAGGUUGUUUACUGGUUAUAUUGUGGUAUCGAGUAAUUACUUGCAAUUUCUUGUGUCGUUUCAUCGCUACUAGGACAUACAAAUUAUAGCAAGUUAUUUAUCUACGCCCUUCCAAAAUGGGUGACGAGGUUCAGAAAGAAUUUGUACGAUCAAUCCUAACUUUUUUGAAAAGGCCUGUUACAUCCCUGAAUAUGUCAGAAGACUGUAAAGAGAGCCUCGAUGUUGCUAUUCAAUGUCUUCAAACAGCUUUUGACAUCGGAGAAGAAACGUGUAUGGAAGCAGAUUUUCUUGGUGAAAGUGUUGAAAACUCGCAUAAAAACUUACAUAUAUUUGAAGUAUUUCAAUCAUUAUACAUUGAACGAAGUCCAAAGGUUACACAAAUUGCUGAAGAACUCAAAAACGAAGGCAAUCGCCUCAUGAAAGAUGGAAAGUAUAAUGAAGCUCUACUUAAAUAUAAUAGCGCAAUUUCUUUUGAUCCCAAAAAUCCUAUAUAUUACUGUAAUCGAGCAGCGGCUUAUAUUCGAUUGAAUUAUAAUGAGAAUGCUGUUACUGACUGCAAAACAGCUAUAUUGUACAAACCAACUUAUAGUAAAGCAUAUGGAAGGCUUGGUAUUGCAUAUUCUAAUUUAAAAAUGUACAAUGAAGCACAACAAGCAUACGAAAAGGCAAUAGAAUUGGAACCUGAUAAUCAAGAUUACCGGAAUAAUUUAGAAGUUGCUCGUGAUGCAGCUCAAGCUCGUAAUUCUAUACCACAAAUAACGGAGGGAAUUAAUACCAUGUUAUCAACUCCAGCCAUUCGAAAUAUUUUCAAUAGCGCUGACAUUGAUUUGGAGCAAUUGCAAAUUUUGUCUCAAAAUCCAGUUGUGAUGAAUGCUGUUUCGCAACUGUUUGCUGGGAUUCCAGGCACCAAUAGCGAUGCAAAUACCUCGCCCGUGAUCCCCAAUGGUAUGUUACAACUUUUCCAGUCGUUUGCAACACAGCUGUCAUCGGGUCAGAACGACGGAUCUAGCGAAGCAUUCCGUCAAAAUUCAGAUUCAGAUCCACCUGCGCCUUAAGUUCCCCUGUAAAAAAAUUGCAUACUAAAAUAAAGGAAAAUUUUCCAAUAAUA